UCUAGCUCACAGAAACCUCACAACCCUAGUUUGGCGAGAACACAGGCCGGCCCUGACCUCGGGACGCCAUCACGCUACGCGAUACAAAGGCCCUGAGUCCCUCGGAAGGUUCAAGCGAGGCAAAGGAAAGAGGUUCUUGCGGCAGAAAUUUUGUAGCUUUGCUGCCAAGUUUGGUCGAAGGUUGGCGCAAAAUCCACCAUUGCGGCGCAGGCCAUGUCGCGGUCUGACGGCGAGCUCGCCGGAGUGUAUCGCGCGGAGCAGGAAGACCGCCACGUUGACCUGAUGGGGGAUUCCGACUUCGACGACGACGAGUACAGCCAACCCAUUAAGGAGGCAACAGAAGAUACCUCGGCAGCGGAUGUGAAAAACGGGAAGGACAUACAAGGAAUUCCAUGGGAUAAGUUGAGCAUCACAAGGGAUAGGUAUAGGAAAACAAGGUUGGCGCAGUAUGCAAACUUUGAGAAUGUACCUAACUCCGGGAAAACUUCAGAGAAGGUAUGCACACCUGCAGAUAAAGGGGCACUCUACUACGAGUUUCAGCACAACACAAGAUCGUUGAAGCCAGUAAUUCGUCAUUUCCAGUUGAGAAAUUUAGUUUGGGCAACGACUAGACAUGAUGUGUAUCUUCUAUCACAACAUUCUGUGCUUCAUUGGUCACCAUUCACCAGCGAGAAGCACAAAGUCAUUGAUCUUCAAGGACAUAUCACGCCAUCUGAGAAACACCAGGGGAAUUUCUCCGAAGGAUUUUACCAGGCUCAAGUUAGCACACUAGCAGUCAGAGGUAAUUUGCUUGUUGCUGGUGGAUUUCGGGGAGAACUAAUUUGCAAGUUUUUGGAUCGUGAAGGAGUAAGCUACUGUUGCAAGUCAACACAUGAUGAAAAUGGCAUCACUAAUUCUCUGGAGAUAUUUGAGAAACCCAGUGGUUCGGUGCACUUCUUGGCUUCAAACAAUGAUUGUGGGGUUCGAGACUUUGACAUGGAAAAAUUUCAAAUUUGCAAUAAUUUCCGUUUUCCUUGGGCUGUUAAUCACACAUCAUUGAGCCCUGAUGGUAAGCUUGCUGCUAUUGUUGGGGACAACUCAGAAGGACUUAUAGUCGAUACUAAUUCCGGGAAAACAAUUCAUGAUCUCCGUGGUCAUCUGGAUUAUUCAUUUGCCUCGGCGUGGAACCCAGAUGGACGGACACUUGCAACUGGUAACCAAGACAAGACAUGCAGGAUCUGGGAUACCCGCAACCUCUCCGAGUCUGUUGCUGUUCUUGGUGGCAACAUGGGAGCCAUACGGUCGAUCCGCUACACAUCCGACGGGCAGUUCUUGGCAAUGGCAGAACCGGCCGAUUUCGUUCAUAUAUUCGAUGCCGGAAGCGGGUACCACAGGAAGCAGGAGGUGGAUUUCUUUGGUGAGAUUGCUGGCAUUUCGUUCAGCCCUGACACUGAGGCUCUCCUCAUCGGUGUUCAUGACCGCACCUACAGCAGCCUCCUUCAGUACAGCCGGCGACGGUUCUACUCAUACCUUGAUUCAGCCAUGUGAGAUCUUGGUCACAAAAAUUGUAGAAGGUAGAAGAGUAGGAAGAAAAUAUGUACAUGUGUCAAAUAUCUGUAGCUGUUACUGUAAAGGAGCACUGAAUUGUAUCUGCAAUGGCAUGUUGCUUUUGCUGGACAAAA